CGCCGUCUGUGGCCGUGGCGCGCACUCGCCGUCGCUCAUUGAUGCGCUCGCGCCCACUCGGAGCGCCAGGACGCACGGCCGCUGUAGCCGCCGAAACCGCCGCUCGUUGCCGCCGCCACCGCGUCGUUGUUUACCCCCGGCCGGGUCGUCGUCGCUGAGCGCACGUGCUCCUUCUGCCGGGACCGUUACUCGCGGCCGCGCCACACGCCGGCGCGUGCCGACUUGACCUCCAUCACUACUGGAUGCCUCGCCGUCUGGUGCUGCACUGAGCCGUGUCUACGCCUCAGACUGAGACACACAGCUCGCCGACCCAGAAAGCAAGAGAACGCGAAUGUGCACAACGUCUACGCCUUUUGAUACCCGUUGCUGUGGAGCUUAAAGCACGGCGCCAACGCCUCACCUGGAGCGUGCCGUCACAGCGGACGAGGGAGAGCAGCGUGCAGUCCGAGAAAAACACUCAAGCUAUGCCGUGGUUGGCGCUGCUCGUGUGCCUUCUGCUGCGUGGGGAAGCCGCCGUGGCGGUGGACCUGCGGCGGCAAUCGUCACCGUCCAGGCCAGAGUCGCAGAGGCCCUUCCACUUCGCUAAGCACAGGCCGGAAAUCUUCUACGAUAACAACGUGGUACCUGAGAACGGAGAAGUCAACGUGUUCGUGUUUAAGGAUCAAAUAAGAAGGGUGUUCUUCCUGGUGGAGAAGGAGCGCAAUUCGCUGCUGCUGACAGCGAGUCCCUGCUCGGCGCCUAUCGAAUGGCACAUCUUCAGGAAGCCCCUGGCGCCGUCCGACUACUCCGAAGAGUCCAACGAGUCUCGGGAUCCGUCGGCGCUGCUGUACCGGGACGACGGGGCGUCGACAGAGCCAGUGGUCGGCGGCUCGUUUUAUGGCCGAGGCCGCCUGAGCUUCUCGAGACGUGAUGCCCCCAGAGGAGUGUACAUGCUGGAGUUCGACUCGGACUCGGCCGACACCAGAGUGCGUGUGUACGGCACCUCGGACGCUGACAGCCAUUACCCGUUCCCACUGCUGCCAAUUAAGCCUAAAGUGGAAAUAUUACAGGUACGCAAUGGUCGUGUGCUAUUCACGUGGAAGCCAAGCCCAUCUGAAAGUUCGGCCCACCAGGACGUGCAGUACUGUGUGGCGGCCAACCGCAAGGAGAACUUCCACACCAAGUGCGCCGUUGACAGCGCCCUGCGAGGCGACGUGCCCAGCCCGCCCCAUCCUGAUUCGGGCUUCGGCUUUUGGUGGGAAAAAGCCGCCCGCCGUAAACUAGCUCUCAGAUCGCGCGAAAUACAGCGUUCCGUCCGGCCACAGCGCGACGUCGUUUUCGAGUGCGUAGGCCGUAGGACUUGGCACAGCUUCGCCGACCUCGAAGUAGACCAAAGGUACUACAUUGAUGUGUUUGCGAUAAACGCAAAAACAAAUUCGAGUACGGCUUUCCCGGGAACCAGCGUGGUCGCCAGAAGUGUGGGAAACCAGCGUAUCCAGGACAAUCAGCUUGUCCGAAUUGUGCUCGACCAGCGGGACAACUUUGCCCACGUAGCCAAAUACUCGGUGAAUGCCAACGUGCCAACAAUGUGGAUGUUUGUUCAAUCUUGUUCGGGCCCUGGUCCUGUACAGCUUUCAGUCACGUUGCGCAAAGCCAAGGUGCUCACGGCAGAGGUAAUGGACACCAGGACGUUGACCCUGAACCACCCGUCUAACGGAACGUACAUCAUCAAGGUAUCAUCAACCGUCCCCCAGUUACGCAGAGUUCACCUUCUCGUCAGCAAGAAGUACCACAAGUUUCCGUUUCCCACGCUGCCAGACGACAGUGGCGUAAAAGUGAUGGGCUCAUUGACCACCUGCAACUCAGUCACACUUGCCUGGAAGGCCGCUCUCGAUGAGAAAGUUCGUUACUGCAUCUUCAAGCAAGAAGUUCGGGGAAGUUAUUCGGGCGUAUUCGCCAGACCGCAGGACUUCUGCGACGAGACCAAAUUGGCGGAGAAGAGUGGUAAGGUCAGCUGCCGCCGCUACCACCGCUUCAGCAAGCACCGAUUCCAGAACGUCAUCAUGCAGAAGAUUAGAAAGUUACAGCCGGACACGACAUACGUUUUCGAAGUUCUGGUCACAAAGGCCCGAGGCCGAACGCUAGCCUACGAGAAAGUUUGGGCCACAACGCACAGAAGCUGUAGUGUGUCCUAUAGGAAGGGAAAGCGAUGAAUAACAAAGCGUUCCUCGUCACAAAAGAAAAAAAUACCUGCGCGACCGGCAAGGUUGUGUUGAAACACUGUGUGCGAAGGGCAGACUAUGGUAAUCUGCUCAUGGACUGAGGCAGUGUCCGUUAUCACAGCGAUCAGGUAAGGUGGGCAAUAUGUAGAACGCAUGAAAGACUAAUUUCGAUCCCACGGCAUCACUGCUUGGUUCUAAACGCGUUAUGUUAGUACGACAUUCAAAUACCAUAGUUCUGCGAAUUCGAAAUGAAAAUAUUAGGCAAUACAAGGCGUCUAAACCCAAUGCCACCACUAAAAACAAAAAAAUGACAAUCGCUCAGCGUUUCUCUGAAAUCCGUCAGUGUCUCACGUUGCCCCUGGAAGAACUCUGCAAGUGCUUGAUGUGGUAAAGCGAUGAGUCAGGUCUGUAUUUACUAAUGCAGUACGUAUUUACUGUUGUGGAGAAUUUGACUAUUUGGAUAGCGUCGUAUUAGUUAAACUCCUGCUUAAAAGUUGUUGAAUUUAAGCAUAUUGAAUGCACUACCCAGAGAUAUAGAAGCAGGCGUCAAUAUAGAGACAUGAGUGCGGACCGGUUGUAUGAUUGCUAAACUGUUCCAUUUUGUUACUUGUUGCAAUGGCUAACGUUUAUGCACAUCAUUUCGUUGACUAUAAAUAUUCUCGCAGCCAUUGUGCGUCGAACAUUUAUCCAAGGUUAAGCAGCUAUCCCUGCUUUCAAUAUUUUUUAUGUAAAGCGAUAUUGCAACGUAAAAAAAUAAGUAUGUACUGGAUAAAUAGUAGUGACGAAAAGUAUGGUACACUCUGCGAUUUCAUUCUUCUCUUUAACGUCGCGUGUGACAGCUCAGCAUGUACUGUCAGUAAAUCUGUGUUCAGCUUCCAAGUCUUUCGCAAGAGUGCGACUUCAAUUGUUAAAUUUAUAUGUUUACAAGCUUAUAUUAUAUUUAGGUAUGGCCGCUUGUUUUCAGUAAGAUGGUGGUUACCUGCUUCAGCACACGGAAAGGAGAUUCGAAAUCCAAACCAGCACUGGCUUGCGGCGUUUCGUACAAGAAAGCGCAACAAUGCAUUUAUACUUCGCAAAAUAUUCACAUUUCUUUCAUCUGUUUUCAUCACAAUACAUAGCAUAUGUCCGCCUGAGUUGCGUCGUUCAUAAUACCGCUGCUAGCUAGGCGCACCGCACUCCAACACCUCAAUGGCGAAGUUCACACAAGCAUGUCCCACUCACAUAUUAUAAAAUCAAAUCGUUCGACAUCGUGCCCGGAACUCUUCCUCCUCAAUAUUCGCAUCCAGAGUCUAUUACUACAAUGUGAAGUUGACGUCGUAUUUUUCGUGGAGGCUUCCAGCUUGUCGUCUUUUUUUUUUUCAAUCAUUGUUCACUGUCGCUGAUUCUUCUGUCGUGCCUCGACCAACAACCCAUGUCGUCUGAAGACCAAACGGCGGACAGCAACACAUCUCCGAGCCAUUCGCUUCACCUGUGUUGUCUUCAUCAUCGGAAUCACCGACGAUCCUACACAUGAACGAUGUUCUCCACGAGUAGCUGUGCGCUUGCACGUUGAACUGUGUAUCGUGAAGUCGGCAGCAUCGACCUCCAUUAAGGAACUAUUUGCUACGCAAGAAGCGACGAACUGUGUCCGUUGACUUCGCUUAUCACUAAGCUUGAUGCAUGGGACGUAGAGAUUUUGCGCUAGUCAAAUACAUGCCAAGGGUACACGCCCGGAA